AUGGCGAAGAAACAUAGAGUCACCACGGCUACCAGAAAACAGCUCAGACAGAAGGAAGAUGAGUAUUUGAAACAGCUAGAGAACCAGAUUGAAGAGUUUGAUGCAGAAAAUCUGAAAGCUAGCUUGUUCAAGGACCUUCCGCUGAGUCACAACACGCUCAAGGGUCUCAAAGACAGUGCUUUUUUGAAAAUGACUGAGAUCCAGCAGAAGUCGAUUCCAGUGUCCCUCAAGGGUCACGAUCUCUUGGCUGCGGCGAAAACCGGAUCGGGUAAGACACUGGCGUUUUUGAUUCCUGUGAUAGAAAAAUUGUAUCGUGAGAAAUGGACGGAGUUCGACGGUCUAGGAGCCCUCAUCGUCUCUCCGACUCGUGAACUGGCCAUGCAGAUAUAUGAAGUGCUGGUCAAAAUUGGUCGAUACACCUCAUUCUCAGCCGGUUUGGUGAUAGGCGGCAAGGACGUGAAAUUCGAACUGGAACGUAUAUCGAAAAUCAAUGUCCUUGUGGGAACUCCGGGAAGAAUUUUACAACACAUGGAUCAAGCCAUUGGGCUCAACACGUCGAAUCUGCAGAUUUUGGUUCUCGACGAAGCUGACAGAUGUCUCGAUAUGGGUUUCAAAAAGACUCUUGACGCCAUUGUUAACAAUCUACCUCCCGUAAGGCAGACGUUGUUGUUCUCUGCCACCCAAUCGCAGUCUCUAGCCGAUCUGGCUCGACUAUCGCUAACUGACUACAAAACCGUUGGCACCGCAGAACUUAAAGACUCGAGCAAGCUCCCUGCCACACCUGAAAGUCUACAGCAAUCUUAUAUUGGCGUUGAUCUUCCGGACAAAUUGGACAUUCUCUACAGUUUCAUCAAGACCCAUCUUAAGUGCAAAAUGAUCGUCUUCCUAUCCAGCUCCAAACAGGUGCACUUCGUUUACGAGACCUUCAGAAAGCUUCAACCGGGUAUAUCGUUGAUGCACUUGCAUGGAAGACAAAAACAGACCGCGCGAACAGAAACUCUGGACAAAUUCAACAGAGCUCAGCACACCUGUUUGUUUGCAACAGAUGUUGUCGCAAGAGGUAUCGAUUUCCCCGCUGUGGACUGGGUUGUACAGGCAGACUGUCCCGAGAACGUGGACACGUAUAUUCACAGGGUUGGUAGAUCCGCUCGUUAUGGAAAACAAGGUAAGUCACUAAUCAUGCUGACACCACAGGAAGAGGAAGGAUUUUUGAAAAGACUGAAACAAAGGCAUAUUGAGCCCAAUAAGCUUACAAUCAAACAAUCACGCAAAAAGUCGAUUAAACCUCAAUUACAAUCCCUAUUAUUCCAGGAUCCAGAAUUGAAAUACCUGGGCCAAAAGGCCUUCAUUUCUUACGUGAGAUCCAUUUACAUUCAAAAGGACAAAGAGGUGUUUAAAUUCGAUGAACUGCCAAACGAGGAGUUUGCCACUUCGCUAGGUCUUCCCGGUGCACCUAAGAUUAAAAUGAAGGGUAUGAAGUCUGUAGAAAGGGCCAAGGAAUUGAAAAAUACCUCUAGACAGCUUCUUUCGCUCUCCAAAGCCAACGACGACGGUGAAAUUGUCGAAAACAGCAAGCAAGGUCGUACCAAGAUCGAUAAGAUGUUCGACCGUAAAAACCAGACUGUGCUCAGUGAACACUACCUGAACAUCACGAAGGCAAAGGCAGACGCAGAAGAGGAAGAUGACUUCAUAACGGUAAAACGUCACGACCACCAAUUGCAGGAAGACGAUUUGCCACAGUUGCAUGCGCCAUCGUCCAAACGGGCGCUGAGACGUGCCGUAUCGAAAAAGGCGUCGCUGGCUGCAAAGGGCAAUCCUUCGAAAUUGGUUUUCGACAACGAGGGCCAGGCGCAUCCUAUCUACGAGCUAGAGGGCGAAGAGGACUUCCACGCUGGCGGGGCUGCGGAAGACCAGAAGGAGUCUUUCAUUUCCAGAGAGGCUGACGUUAUGAAGGAGAGAGACGUGGCAGACAAAAAGCUGGCCAAAGAGAAGCGCCAGGAGAAGAAACGGAAGCGUCUCGAGGCUCUCAGACGCGAGCAGGAGGCCGAAAUUGACGACGAUUUCAGCGCCGACGAUGGCGCGUAUCAUGCGACUCUGGGUCCUGCCAACCUAAGCGACGAUAUGGAAUCUGGAUCUGAAGACGAGGACGACAGACGCCCUCGUGCGAAGAAGGCCAGAUAUUCCCAACGGGACGAUUUUGGUGACGCUGACGCUGACGCCAGCGACAGCGACAGCGGGGGACAAAGUGACAAGAAAUCGAAAGCGCGUCGUGUCAUCGAGGUCCACCAGCCCGAGUCCCUGGAAGACCUGGAAUCGCUCACGGCCCACCUAUUACAAAACUGA